AUGUCAUCUUUACACCAUCAAUCCCCAGCUCAAGACGAUAACUCUGCUCAUAAUCGAAUAAAUGUCUUGUUUGACACUUCUCUCGUAGUGUUUAAUCACAACGAAGAUACAGUAGACGAAACAUCGGAAGAAAUUAAUAUUUUCUUAUGGAUAAAGACGAAACUUCUCUCCACCAUCCGAAUGAUAGUUUUCGACUAUCAAGACAAGGAAAGAUUAGAAUUAUUCAAUAACAGACAAGAAAUGCUCUCCAAACGUUUACCACUUUCAGGAAUUUUUCAUUUAAUAAUUCUCAUUCUCCUGUCAAUGAUAAUCGAAAGGUCUGAAGGAGAAGAAUCCAUUUACUUGUUUCUUAUAUUGACUGUCAUUGAAUUCUUUGGAAAUAUUGGAGUAAUUGUCUUGAUUUUGAAAAUGGAAUUGCCAAUUCUUAAUACGGAAAUUUGUAAUUAUUGUAGAUUAGUUGCAACUUGUAUGAUUCGAUUGAUUUUACAGAUUUAUUAUGGACCAUUGUUUCCUGUGUGGAUUUUACAGGUUUAUUCAAUGAUUAUUGUGUUGAAUGCUUAUUAUUUCAAUAGGGGACCAGCUGUGAUUAAUUGUUUGAUUGUUAUUGUGUUGGGAGCUGUUUCGACUGUACUGAGUCAUGUUAUUCAUUUCGAAUAUUUUGGAGAUAGUUCAAUAGAAUUUGGACAUGAAAGAGUUUGUCAUCCGUGUCGACAUUUUGAAUAUAUUCAUGAGAGCCAAGUUUCCAAUCUUAUUAAGGUCAUUACAUUGCAAUCAGUUCUUUGUGGAAUAGGUCUCUUAUUUUCAGAUGUUUCCAUGGAACAGGAUGAGAGAAAUAUUUCACAACAAGUAGAAAUUGUCAAGGGAAGAAUUUUGAAUGAGGAAAAGACCAAAUUUAUUGGCCAUUUGAGUCAUGAAACAAGAAAUCCACUCAUGGGAAGUAUGUUUUUAAAUUGA